GUGUGAGUGGUUACUCCUCAGCUAUGGCUGAUACUUUGCGAAGGCUGGUCAACACAACGACAUACAAACUGCUGCAGAAUAAACUUGAAUCUUGGUACAAGGAAUAUCACAUCAACUCAUGUGAUCAGAACUUGAAUCGAUGCUGUGAACUUAUUGAACUGACCUCAAAAGUACAAAGUGAACUAUUCACCAUCCUCAGCCUUGCAGCAAGUGAAGGUGGUAUUUAUUCUGGCAUUGAUACCAUCAAAUCCCGCUUUCUGCCAUGGCUUGGGUCUAACUUUACAGUCAUUACCUCAGGGGUGACAUCUGACACCAGCCUUUCUCUCAUGCAGGAAUCUGCUGAAAAAGAUCGGAAACUGAAGGAGCUGGCAACAGCCCAUGAUCAGGAAAUGCUUGAGCUAGAGACCGAAUUAAAUACCACACGUCGCCAACUGGGAGCUGUCAAGCAAGAGUUAGCAGAAGCUCAUCUGGAACUGGACGAUACUCAGAACAAAUCAACUGCAACGUUCCUAGUGACGGAGGAUGAAAUAAUUAGACUGAGAACCGAACUGAGAGCAGUUCGAGAGCAAGUGAAAUACUACAAACAAAAGGUGGAUAUCCUGGAUGAUUAUGAACACAAGAUCAGACAACUAAAGGAUGAAGUCUCCUUCCUCUCAGCAGAGAAAUCCAUACUGCAGGAAAGAACCCUGGGGCGCCGUUCUCCAAUCUCUUUCCCAUCUGUGACCCGUUCCUCUCCAACUUAUGGUAAACUGACUAAUGCAUCUCGUCAAGCCCGACUGAUAUCCCGCUUCAAUGACAUCUAUGCCAACGAGCGCCUGAAUGCACAAAACCUCCUGAGGCGUUAUGUUGAUGAUUUGGAGAUGGUGCAGCGAAUAAUAUUCAUUGCGACAGUAGAGGCUUUUCAAGCAGCAAAAAUGGCAUUCCGACAAUUCAAACUGCGAGUACGGAAAACAUUAUCGCCUUCAUACCUUGGGCCAGAGUCGCUGGAUGACAAUGUGAUGGAUUACAUCAUUCGCAACCUGGAUCUCUAUGAUGUCCAGUCUAGCAUUGAUGAUGUGAUCCGUAGCAUUAGCGUCCAUCCAAAGAUCUCCAUCCUGCCCGAAGUUGACUUUAUAUUGAUCAGCAGUUUUAUCCGUGAAAUUUGUCGUGUAGCCUUUGCCAUGCAGACACUGGAGCCCCCACUUGACAUAGCCUUCACGGCGGAUGGUGAACUCUUCAAUGAGAAUAAGUAUCGCCGCAGCUAUGACUCUGAUUUUACUGCUCCCCUGGUGGUUUAUCACAUCUGGCCAGCCCUGGUAGAAAAUGAUACUGUUAUUGCUAAGGGCGAAGCAUUCACAAAGAGAGGAGCUCUGUGGGCACCCAGUAAAAGCCGAAGCAGGAGUUCCAGUCCGGUUCGUUCUCGUUCCACCAGUCCAGCCCGUGGUCUGUCAUCCCGGAGCCGAAGCCCUUCCCCCGUCAGACGGAGCAUUAGUCCCAGACACUGAAGGACCAAAGUUGAAGAAUUAACAGGUUGAUAGACUUCUGAAAGCUUCCCAAGUAAUGCCAAAAGCAGUUUUAUUGACAGAAGCAAAUAUGUGCAGAAGCCAGAAUAAGAAUCUCUUGUGCCCCUCCCUGACCACCACCUUCUGGCUUCUACCCUUUUCCUUUCCAG